AUGAUGUCGAUUCCACAGGCACAGCUCAUCGACGGUCGCAAGACUUUCAUCCCCCUCGAGAAUAACCCGGAGGUACUAUCGCGUCUCUGCUCCAACCUCGGGCUGGAACCCGGUCUCACCUUUCACGAUGUGCUAUCCACAUCUCCCGAGCUUCUAGCAUGGGUUCCACGUCCCAUCCAUGCUCUGAUCCUCCUAGCAGACAGUCCUAUCUACUUCGCUGCGCGCUCAGCCAUAAUACCCACGAUACCGGAGUAUCAAGGGUUCGGCGCGCAUGAACCAGUCAUAUGGAUGAAACAGACGAUCGGCCAUGCGUGUGGUUUGAUGGCCCUCCUGCAUACUGUGUUCAACCUUGAUGAGAAUUAUCUCACGCCCGGAUCAGAGCUGGACGCUCUGCGGCAACGUGCUAUAGAGCUCCCUCCCGCCGGGAGGGCGGACCUGCUGUAUACCUCGGCUUUCUUGGAAAAAGCGCAUAUGGACGCGGCUGCCACGGGUGCCACAACGGCCCCGUUGCCGCAGGAUGAGACUCAUCAUCAUUUUGUAGCAUUUGUGAAGAAGGAUCACAAAGUAUGGGAGCUGAACGGGGGCAUGAAUGGACCCUUGCUACGGGGGACACUGGAAGAUGAAGACUUGUUAAGUGAGCGUGGGCUGGCGAUGACCGUGCAGGAUUAUCUAGAUGCUGCGGCUCAAGGUGGAUACGGUGGGAUGAGCAUCGUCGCCGUGGCAGGAAAGGAGACGCAAUGA